AUGGUACAGUCGCUGGUCUCAUACCAGAAGAAAAGGCUUGGGACAACCCUACCAGAAGAAAGAGGCUGCUCCUGGCUGAACCCCUGGGUCUUCCUUGUUUCUGUCCUUGUCAUCAAAACUGCCUUUGCAACCAUCUGCCUUGUUGUUUUUCUUGGUGGAAGCUCUGGUCAGUACAAGACUCUGCUCCAGAAUGCUACAGAGUGGCAUUGUGUCCCCAGUGUGUCUGCAGACAAACAGGAGGGCUGGAUGUGCUGCCCGAAGGGUUGGAGACGCUUUCAGGAAAAGUGCUAUUAUCUGUCAGAUGAUAAAAUGUCCUGGGCUGAGAGUGAGCAGAACUGCACUGGGAUGGGCUCCCAUCUGGUGGUGAUCAACAGCAAAGCAGAGCAGGAGUUCCUCUUUAACUGGGCAAAAGAAGUAUUUACUAAUGCCUAUGAAACAAGAUACUACAUAGGCUUAACGGCGUAUGAGAAUGGGCAGUGGCAGUGGGUGGAUCAAACUCCGUAUGAAAAGGCAGCCAUGUUCUGGAAACCUGGGGAACCCAAUUUACUCUUUGCAGAAAAAUGUGCUGCAAUUCAUGUCAAGGGCAAAACAGACCCCAACACUUACCAUAACUGGAAUAAUGUCCUUUGCUUCACAAAUUGUUAUCGAAUUUGUGAACUGGCAGUGAAAUUUGUCUGA